AUGAAUGAUAAAUUACAACCAAAUAAGUCAGAUAAUGAUAUUAUAGCAAAUACAACAAUCAUUGGUGAAAAUAACCUAAAAAUAACAAAAAUCGAACCUGAAACAACUGAACCACGUUAUCAACCAUUAACAGAAUUGAAGAACGCGUCAAAUGAAGAAAUUUCACAAUUAAGUAAUCACAUUGAAUCAUUAAAUAUACAAAUAAAACAAGAAGAAGAAUCAAAAUUACCACCACCACCAAAAAAGAAAAGAGGUCGUAAAAAGAAACACCAAGAUCCAAAUAAACUUAAAAACCAAAAUUUAGAACAAAUUUUCGAAAAUUGGAAAUUACCACAUACUCAAGAUUUACCAACUAUAAAUCCCACAAAUAUUUCACCUUAUAAGUUUUAUACAACUACAAAUUCAGAUGAAUCAAUAAUAAGAUCUCCAAGAUUAUCAGUCACCAAAUUAUUAGUAAAUACAUGGUGUCAACUUCGAGAUUAUUAUCAAAUUUAUGCUGGGUCAAAUAGAUUAAAAGGUGUAAAUGUUAAAGCUGGUCAUACUUAUCAUUCAAAAUUAGAAUUAGAAACUCAUGAAUUUGAGAAUAUUGAACAAGAUAUGUCACUCAUAAAUUUAAAUGUAGAAAAUUUAAAAUCACAAACUAUCAAUAAAGAAGAAUUGGCAGUACUUGAAAAAUUAAGUGAAUUUAAUAUUAAUGAUCAAUUAGCUAAUGAUUGGUGUGAUAAAAUCAUAUCUAGAUUAUUUAAUUUAGUUGUUAACUCAGAGGCUAGAGAAGUUUUAGUACAUGGUUAUGUAAAUUUAAAUGAAGAAAAAUUAAUAACUUCAGAAAAUUUUGAUGGUUUUAAUGAUUCAGUAUUAAUUAGUGGAGUUAUUGAUUUACUCAAAUUUAUAAAUACAAAUGAUCCAACAAAUUUAGAUUUCUUUGUUGAAAUUCAAAAUAUGAUUGAUUUAAAAUUUAGCACCAAGAAUUCAACAAGAAUAGAUUUAACUUCAUUUUUUAAAGAAAUUUCUGAAAUAUUAACAAAUUAUAAUAAACAAGAAUUAAAUGUUAAUAUAAUGGAAUUAAAAUCAAGAUCUUGGAAUCAAUUACCAAAUUAUGAUUCAGUUUUGAAAAGUGCAAAAUAUCAAACUUAUUAUUAUAAAAAUAUGUUUACUAAUUUAUCUCAAGAUUCUAAGUUUACUUAUUAUUCACUUUUGAGAAAUGCAGAAAUAAGAGGUUGUAAUGUUGAUGAACCAUUAAAUCAAAUCUUGGUACUUAAAUUAAUAAGAUUAUAUUCUGAUUUUUUAUAUGAUGAUUUUUUAAAGUUAUGUAAUGGUGAACCAAUUGGAUUUGAACUUUUUGAUAAUCACAUCCUAAAGAAUAAAGAACCUUAUAACUUUGGUUUAUUAUUUCAGGAUAACUCAUUUUCUUUAAAUGAUUCAUCAACUUCACAAUUUUUACAAGAUUUAGAUGAACAAGAAAAUUCAAAUUUCAAUUAUUCAGAAUUAUUAAAACCUUUGUUAAAACCAUGGAAAACACCACCAACAUUACGUUAUUUAGCAUCAAGAUCAUCACAAUUUUAUACCAUUUUCCAAAAUUUUAUAAAUGAAGAAUAUACUUAUGUAGAAUAUCAUAAUUCCAAAACUGAAAAAAAUUUUAAAACUAUAAAAUAUAAAUAUAAUCCAGUAAUUUUUCAACAACAACUCAAACAAGCUUGUGAAUUUUGGAAAGGAACAACAAAACCUGAAUUUGUUGAUAAUUUAAAUAAAUGUAAAUAUUGUGAUUUUGCUACUCGAUGUAUGGUUGCAAAGAAUGAAAUUAAUGAAAAUUUAAAUGAAUUUAAUGAUACAGUAAAUGGAAAUUCCAACUAA